UCGCACUGGUGGCCAAAUGGUCCAAUUACCUCAGGGAAAAGGGCCUCUGAAACCAGAUUGGCAUCCUCUCUACCUAUAAGUAGAGAGGGUAGAGCCGGAGGCGGUGAGAACCUGCCCCGGAUGUGGGCGUGGCCCUGAGGUAGAACACGGAGCCUCCACCGCGGUGGUUUGGGGAGGCGGAACUGAGAUCUUUUCCUUGAUUAUCAUGUGACGGGUUCUGGAUUUAAUGGAGGAGAAAGCGUGGAAAAGGCCAAGGAUCCAAACUGGCGAGUUUUCUGAUCUUCGCGGCCCUCCCCGCUCUCCGGCCAGCGGCGCUGCCAGAUUUUACUUUAUAUCCUCCACUACAGUAAUUCAUAGCCAUGAGGACAUCUCAUCUAUAUGCAGUCCUAUGAAUCGCCUUGGUGAAUCACCAAACCUAUGGGUAGUCUCCAGGACCUCUGAUGGACACAGGAAAAAAGAAUAUGGCUGAAAAUUCUUUCUGAAGGGUGGUGGUAUUCCAAACAGGACCACUCAGAACACUUGAGAAUACGAAACGAUGCGGAGGCUGCAGGACAGGUACCUUACGAAACAGCACACACACUUCGGGCCCUGCACUCUACCUCAUUUCCCUAAUAGGGAUGAAAGCUCAGGCCUCUGGUAGCUUCCAGCUGACGCCAAGGCUCUCCACACCCCUUUUUUUGACAGGAUUUUCUGGCGUUGGAGCCUGUGUCACAAAUACGAAUUCUUGUGAUCACCUCUAAACCGUCUAAUAAUGAAUCAAGCACCUUUUAGAAGACCAAACCCUUGGCGAUCCCAUUUCCCCCCAUCUCCCUCCGAAGCCCAGCACACCUAGGCGGGUACUCUAGACCAUAUUCUAUAAAUCUUGCAGCGCAUUAACUGGGAGAUAGAAACAAUAUAAAAAAUAAAGAGUUUCGGCCAUUCCCCUCGUUGUAACCGAAAUUACAGGCUCCAUUUCCUGUCCCCAAGGGGACUGCAAAAUCGCCUGCUGAGAACGGGACGCCUCCCGCCCCCUCCAGGCUGGCGCCCGCGGCCCCCGCGCUCCCCCUGCCCGGGCCCCGCGGGCGCGAGGAGGUGGCGGGGACCCGGGGCGUCCUCCCCUCCCCCUCCCAGCUCCGGUACCCACC